GUUUCCACUUUCGAUCAGCCACGUUGUUUUUUCGCCCGUCGGUUACUCUUACACCUUACGACCUAUAUCAUUAAAUCAAAAUGGGCGGUGCAAGCAGAGAAGGUGGCAAGGUCAAGCCUUUGAAGGCUGCCAAGAAGGAAAAGAAGGAGCUCGAUGACGAUGAUCUCGCAUUCAAGGAAAGACAGAAGGCUGAGGCCAAGGCCAAGAAGGAAUUGAUGGACAAGGCCAAGGGUAAGGGCCCAUUGAACACUGGUGCUCAGGGCAUCAAGAAGUCGGGAAAGAAAUAAAUCUCUCUUGAGGACGGCCCUACGCUAUUUUCACGAUAUACAACGAGCUACGAGCUACGAGCGCAAAGGUGGAGGGUUGCCAUAUAGGCCUCAACGCUAUUUGCAGUAUCUGAACAAACUCAUAUAUUGUUAUUGUCAAUUUCAAUAUACCUCACCGAAGCCAAAACCAAACAGGGUCAAUGCUGCCCACUUGGUCGACUCGGCACAGGCUCGUUGAUUAACAGAACCGACCAAACUAUGAGGUUCCAUUUACAACCCAACUCGUGGCCUUGGUGUUCUUUG